AUGGGCUCGAACUCCUGCUCGAACUCCUGCUCUCCUGCUCUCAUAUCCUCUCCUGCUCUCAUAUCCUCUCCUGCUCUCAUAUCCUCUCCUGCUCUCAUAUCCUCUCAUGCUCUCAUAUCCUCUCCUGCUCUCAUAUCCUCUCCUGCUCUCAUGUCCUCUCCUGCUCUCAUAUCCUCUCCUGCUCUCAUAUCCUCUCCUGCUCUCAUAUCCUCUCAUGCUCUCAUAUCCUCUCCUGCUCUCAUAUCCUCUCCUGCUCUCAUAUCCUCUCCUGCUCUCAUAUCCUCUCCUGCUCUCAUAUCCUCUCCUGCUCUCAUAUCCUCUCAUGCUCUCAUAUCCUCUCCUGCUCUCAUAUCCUCUCCUGCUCUCAUAUCCUCUCCUGCUCUCAUAUCCUCUCAUGCUCUCAUAUCCUCUCAUGCUCUCAUAUCCUCUCCUGCUCUCAUAUCCUCUCCUGCUCUCAUAUCCUCUCAUGCUCUCAUAUCCUCUCCUGCUCUCAUAUCCUCUCCUGCUCUCAUAUCCUCUCCUGCUCUCAUAUCCUCUCCUGCUCUCAUAUCCUCUCCUGCUCUCAUAUCCUCUCCUGCUCUCAUAUCCUCUCCUGCUCUCAUAUCCUCUCCUGCUCUCAUAUCCUCUCCUGCUCUCAUAUCCUCUCCUGCUCUCAUAUCCUCUCCUGCUCUCAUAUCCUCUCCUGCUCUCAUAUCCUCUCCUGCUCUCAUAUCCUCUCCUGCUCUCAUAUCCUCUCCUGCUCUCAUAUCCUCUCCUGCUCUCAUAUCCUCUCCUGCUCUCAUAUCCUCUCCUGCUCUCAUAUCCUCUCCUGCUCUCAUAUCCUCUCCUGCUCUCAUAUCCUCUCCUGCUCUCAUAUCCUCUCCUGCUCUCAUAUCCUCUCCUGCUCUCAUAUCCUCUCCUGCUCUCAUAUCCUCUCCUGCUCUCAUAUCCUCUCCUGCUCUCAUAUCCUCUCCUGCUCUCAUAUCCUCUCCUGCUCUCAUAUCCUCUCCUGCUCUCAUAUCCUCUCCUGCUCUCAUAUCCUCUCCUGCUCUCAUAUCCUCUCCUGCUCUCAUAUCCUCUCCUGCUCUCAUAUCCUCUCCUGCUCUCAUAUCCUCUCCUGCUCUCAUAUCCUCUCCUGCUCUCAUAUCCUCUCCUGCUCUCAUAUCCUCUCCUGCUCUCAUAUCCUCUCCUGCUCUCAUAUCCUCUCCUGCUCUCAUAUCCUCUCCUGCUCUCAUAUCCUCUCCUGCUCUCAUAUCCUCUCCUGCUCUCAUAUCCUCUCCUGCUCUCAUAUCCUCUCCUGCUCUCAUAUCCUCUCCUGCUCUCAUAUCCUCUCCUGCUCUCAUAUCCUCUCCUGCUCUCAUGUCCUCUCCUACUCUCAUAUCCUCUCCUGCUCUCAUAUCCUCUCCUGCUCUCAUAUCCUCUCCUGCUCUCAUAUCCUCUCCUGCUCUCAUAUCCUCUCCUGCUCUCAUAUCCUCUCCUGCUCUCAUAUCCUCUCCUGCUCUCAUAUCCUCUCCUGCUCUCAUAUCCUCUCCUACUCUCAUAUCCUCUCCUGCUCUCAUAUCCUCUCCUGCUCUCAUAUCCUCUCCUGCUCUCAUAUCCUCUCCUGCUCUCAUAUCCUCUCCUGCUCUCAUAUCCUCUCCUGCUCUCAUAUCCUCUCCUACUCUCAUAUCCUCUCCUGCUCUCAUAUCCUCUCCUGCUCUCAUAUCCUCUCCUGCUCUCAUAUCCUCUCCUGCUCUCAUAUCCUCUCCUGCUCUCAUAUCCUCUCCUGCUCUCAUAUCCUCUCCUGCUCUCAUAUCCUCUCCUGCUCUCAUAUCCUCUCCUGCUCUCAUAUCCUCUCCUGCUCUCAUAUCCUCUCCUGCUCUCAUAUCCUCUCCUGCUCUCAUAUCAUCUCCCAUGCUGCCCGCGUGUCGCGCAGUGGGAUCUCCGGAAACAGUAGGGUCGCGCAACAUGUGGGUUCCGGAAUCCGCAUGCCAACCCCCCGCGGUGCGUACGCGGAAAUCUCGCUUCCCCUUCCCCUUCCUCUUCCUCACCCUGCCUUCCUCUCCUCUCGCUUCCUGCCAUAAUCCCAUCUCCUGUCCUGCCUUCAUCUCCUCUCCCGUCCUGCCUUCAUCUCCUCUCCCGUCCUGCCUUCAUCUCCUCUCCCGACAUGCCUUCAUCUCAUCUCCCGUCCUGCCUUCAUCUCCUCUCCCGUCCUGCCUUCAUCUCCUCUCCCGUCCUGCCUUCAUCUCCUCUCCCGUCCUGCCUUCAUCUCCUUUCCCGUCCUGCCUUCAUCUCCUCUCCCGUGCUGCCAUCAUCUCCUCUUCUGGCCUGCCUCCCUCUCCUCUCCCUUCCUGCCUCCCUCUCCCCUCUCUUUCUGUCCUCCCUUCUCCCCUCUCCUUCUGUCCCCCCUUCUCCCCUCUCUUUCUGUCCUCUCUCUUCUCCCGUGCUGCCUUCCCGCUCCUCUCCCUUUCUUUUCCUUUCCCUCCGCUCUUCUUCGCUAUUACAUCCUCUGAAAGGCCUGCCUUUGGGGCGUGCUGCACUCCCUCAGUAACGAACAUUGAAGGAGUGCGACCUUGUUGUGCGCUUAAGGUCUGCUCAACACAUGUUGCCUGCUAA